AAUAUGGCAAGCAGCAUCCUUUAUUCUUGUAAUCUUAUCUUCCUUUUCUUGAGGAAUAUAUGCUGUACCCACCUCCAUUGGUAAAAAAACAACAAAUGGAGCUCUUGCAUUGAUUCCUUUCAUUGUCUCUUCUCCAACACCCACUAUAUGCUCCAAUAAAUAUGCCUGCAACCUGUUUUAUUUCUUGUAAUUUGCUAGUAUUCUCCAAUCCAUACUGAGAAGAGAAGCACUUGAAUAUGGCGUCCAAGAGAAUAGUUAAGGAGCUUAAGGACUUGCAGAGAGAUCCACCAACCUCAUGCAGUGCAGGUCCAGUCGGCGAGGACAUGUUUCAUUGGCAAGCAACUAUCAUUGGUCCAAAUGAUAGUCCCUAUGCUGGUGGUGUUUUCCUUGUAACCAUUCAUUUUCCUCCUGAUUAUCCCUUCAAACCUCCCAAGGUUGCAUUCAGAACCAAGGUAUUCCAUCCCAACAUUAACAGCAAUGGCAAUAUUUGCCUAGAUAUACUCAAAGAACAAUGGAGUCCUGCUCUGACAAUAUCCAAGGUACUGCUCUCCAUAUGUUCUCUGCUAACGGAUCCAAAUCCUGAUGACCCUCUUGUACCUGAAGUUGCUCAUAUGUGCAAGACAGACAGAGUCAAGUAUGAGUCCACUGCUAGAAGCUGGACUCAGAAGUUUGCUAUGGGAUAACAAUCUCUGUCCUCUUGUCUCCUUCAAUACUUUUUUGUUUGAAUUGUAUAAGACGUGGCCUUGAAAUUUGGGCAGUGCUGAACAACAUGCAUACAUAUAAGAAUUUUUCUCAAAGUUUGUAAUUGCUGCACGCUCUAUAUGAAUAAAUUCUACUCUCUUUUGGUGCUUUUCUUA